AUGAGUUCGCCGUUUCCUACGGACGUAGCUGGUGACGAAUUCCUGCCGCCAGCUAAGAGAGUACGAUUGGUGGAAGACGAAAACAUAUCACCUCGGGAACUUGAAUUGGGUAGCGAUGUGUUGCCUCAUGUCGAAAUCGAAGCAGAGAAUGAUGCAGGAGAGCAAGAGACGGACAUGGUCAAAGCCGAACGGCAGCUAGUCGGCAGUACUCACGGUCAUCUAGAUGACAAAGUGACAUCCGGUGGUGGAGGAGCAUUCGAGGAGACAAGAGGUUCAGCACCUCCAGUCAUCUUUGCGCUGUCAGAAAAAACAAAGCAGAUUAUGCAGGAUGAAGCUCGGCAUUUGGGGUUUUGGGACUGGUUGGAGAAAUAUUCUGCUUUACCUUUGUCAUUUUUGUUUGAUGUCUUCGAUUUCUCAUUGCCAGAACAUCUCCGACAAGCGUCCGAUGAUGAUUUACUUCCGUUGUUAAAAUCGGUUAUGAUGAAGAAGGUUGCAAAAAGACCAAAGCGACCGGAUAUCAAUACACUGGAACAAGCGAUUGAGCUUCUGCGAACGUGCAAGAAUAUUAUGGUUCUGACCGGCGCUGGAGUGUCAGUUUCAUGUGGGAUACCCGACUUCCGUUCAAAAAAUGGAAUAUAUUCGCGACUGGAUGAAUUCGAGCUGGACGACCCACAGCAAAUGUUUGACAUCGAGUACUUUCGUAUACAACCGCAGACAUUCUAUUCCUUUGCUAGAGAGAUAUAUCCCAGCAAUUUCAAGCCAUCGCCGUCCCAUCUAUUUAUAAAGUUACUGGAAGAGAAAGGCAAAUUGCUCCGCAACUAUACUCAGAAUAUUGACACACUCGAGCAAGUUGCCGGUAUCAAACGUGUCGUUCAAUGUCAUGGCUCCUUCGCUACCGCCAAGUGCAUCGUAUGUGGUUACAAGGUUCCUGGAGAUGCCCUCGAAGAGGAUAUUUUUCAGAAGAAAGUCCCAAUGUGCCCUGUAUGUGGAGAAGAGAGAGACGGUAUAAUGAAACCAGACAUCACCUUUUUUGGGGAGAUGCUUCCGGAUGAGUUCGACCGGCUAUUUGCGGAAGACAAGGAAAAGGUGGACCUGCUUAUCGUGAUGGGAUCCUCAUUAAAGGUGUCACCGGUCGCCGAUGUCAAAGACAAGAUACCACAUCACGUUCCGCAAAUAUUGAUUAACAUGGAGUCGCUGCCACACAUGGAAGGGUUCGACAUUCACUUGCUCGGCUACUGUGAUACCAUCUGUGCACAGCUGUGUCGAAUGUUAGGAUGGGACCUGAAGCAUGAAAAGAUUCCAGGGGGAUCGUCCCUCUCUAUGAACAUAACAGGCGAUCAGGCGGGUCCUGACGAUGACGGGAAUGGAGGUGUACAGGAGGAUGGGUCUUGUUUCCGGCAGGGGCGACAACCCCACCACUAUUUAUUCGAAGGGGCUAUCGGUCUAGCCGACAUGGACCCGGCAGCGUACAUACCUUCUGAUCGAGAAGAUACGUCGGCUACCUCAUCAGACGACGAUACAACGCCUCCAGAACAUUCCGAAGACAGUGAUGCAGAUGUGGAAGGAGACAUCGGUCACAAAAUAGAUGCAGAAUUGAAAUUCGAGGGCAGCGAGACGGGACCAAGUAGUUUCCGUAAGGAGAUCGAAUCUCACAACACAGCGGAUAGAGCAGAAUCAUCAUCUUAA